GAUCCAAACUCCAGUUGAAAACCUUGACACAAAAAUGCCCUGAAAGUAGUAGCAAGAACAGGAGUUUUCUCAGUUUCCCAUAGUCAUUCACAGACAUCCUCAAGUCUUUGUUUUUAAAAUCUAAAAUUCCCCUCUUUUCUCUUCUUUCUCUCUCCUCUGCAACAACACUCUCAACUCUUGUCAUUUUUGCGGCUCUAAAAAACAUUCGAAAUCUCAAUUCUUCGAUUCAUUUCUCACUCUCAAAUUCAUUCUUCUCCUCAACUCUACCUUUCCCUUUCAAUUUCUUCCUCCUCUUCUUCUUCCUUGAAUCUCUGAAAAUUUUCUUGAUUUUUUUUUUCAAUCAUCGUUGAACUGAAUUAAUACUGAUUUCAGUCAAUCGAUUUCUUCGCCUUUUGCAUUGUUUUCGCUUUCAUUGGAAUCGUCUUUGCUCGAAAUCGUAAGGGUUUUAAUUCAUUUCUCAAAUUUUCCUCUGUAAUUUUGCUGUUCUUUUCUUUGUUGUCCAAAUUUCAUUUUUAAUUUCAUUUUUUUUUUGUAUAAAUCGAAUGUGCUGAUUUGUGUAUUGAAAUAGUUUUGUAUACCAUUGUUGAAAUUUUGAAAAAAUCGAAAAAUAAUUGAUGUUGGAAUUCCAUGUUUUGCUUCAAUUCCGAGGGUUUAUUAGGUUUUCUGGUUCAUGAAUUCAAUUGAACCAGGAGGAGAGAGAAAGAAAGUUUGUAAGCGAAUAAAUCGAAGAACUUUCACCCGAAAAGCUCUUCAUUUGCGGUAAAAACUAUUCAUUUUUGUACAGCUGAGAGCUCAGGUUUGCUGGGAUGAAUAGUGUUUUCAGUGAACAGAUAUUAGCUGAUAAGCUAUCCAAGCUCAAUAGCACUCAACAAUGUAUAGAAACAUUGUCGCACUGGUGUAUAUUUCAUCGAAGCAAAGCUGAAGUGGUUGUAGCAACAUGGAACCAACAGUUCCAUAGUUCUGAGAUGAUUCUGAAAGUUCCCCUUCUAUAUCUUGCCAAUGACAUACUACAGAACAGCAAACGUAAAGGUAAUGAGUUUGUUAUUGAGUUCUGGAAGGUACUUCCUCAGGCUCUCAAGGAUGUCCAUAACAAAGGUGAUGAUCAAGGAAAGAAGGUCGUCUCCAGAUUGGUUACAAUUUGGGAUGAAAGAAAAGUUUUUGGGAACAAGGCACAAAAUCUGAUAGAUAUAAUGCUUAAAGAUGAGGCACUUCCUCCUCUUGAGUUCAGUAAGAAGCGAUCACGGACAGUCAAGAUUGUACGAAGGGAUUCACGUUCCAUAAGGACGAAAUUAUCUAUUGGGGGCCCCGCAGAGAAAAUUGUGACAGCUUUCCAUUCAGUUCUUAAUGAACAUCUCACAGAAGAAUCGGAGAUGAGUAGAUGCAAGUCUGCAGUUAACCGUGUGAGGAAAAUGGAUCAUGAUGUUGAAAAAGCUUGUGCUCAAGCCAAGGAUCCUCAGCGAAAAACUUUGGCUAAAGAAUUGGAGGAGGAAGAGGCUAUUUUGAAAGAGUGUGUUGAGAAACUGAAGUCUAUUGAAGCAAAUAGAGCAGUGCUUGUUACUCAGCUAAAAGAAGCGCUACAAGAGCAGGAAUCUGAAUUGGAGAAUGUUCGUACACAAAUGCAGGUUGCACAAGCACAAGCCGAGGAGGCUAACAACAUGCGAAAGCGGCUCAAUGAUGAAAAUUAUGUUGCGACUCCAAUUGCCAAUGCGGGAAAAUCCAAGAAGACUGCUGCAGACAUUGCAGCUGAGGUUGCUGACAAACUCACUGCUUCUAGCUCAUCUCAGUUGAUCAUGACUUCUGUCCUGUCAACAUUUGCAGCUGAAGAAGCUAAGAAGAAAGCUGGCCUUGCUAAACCAAACUCAGUUUCGAGCUCUUAUCCCUCACAAUCUGUCAGUUUGGCCCUUAAUUCUAUGUCGACGCAGGAACAGCCAUCAUCAGUAUCACUGGCAGCUGCUCCCCCGAAUCAGUAUCAAUCAAUGUUGGUGAACCAGCAAAACAUGCAAAAUAUGAGCCCAAACCCUCAGACCCAGUAUCAGCUACUUUCAAAUCCAACUUCCCAACAAUAUGCUCAAACACCAAGAGGGAUCAAUUCUUAUGGUUAUGGGGGCCUUCCUCCACCAGGCCCACCACCACCUCAUGUCAUGCAUCCGAUGAUGCCUAUGGCUCAAAACCAAAUGCAAAUGAAUCAACAGCAGAUGAUGCCAAUGGCACAACAAUCAGCUCAAUUGUCACAACAGCAACAAUCGAUGAUGUUGAUGCAACAGCAACCACCAGCUCCUCCAAGUUUUCGUCCGCUUCAACCACCUGGUAUGGUGUAUUACACACAAACCCAUCAGCUUCAAUGAUGGGGAUUCUCAAAUUAGUUUGUGAUAAUUUAUUUAGAUGGACUCCUUUUUUCCCUAUUGAAGCAUUCCCUUGUUCGAAAUGUCCCCAUUCAGAAGGGGGCAUAAUAGUAGGAAAAAGGUUGAGCUUUUAUUAAUACAUUAAUACAGGAAGGAAUAAUGGUGAUAGGAUAGUAGCUCUUGACUGUUGAUUCAGUGCAGGUAGAGCUGUGUAAUGUGUAAUUACUGAUUAAGCCUGAUUAGGAUUUCGGUCCCUAUAGUUUCCCAGUUGCUAACCUUAAUUAGUGUUUAAGUAUUAGUAUGCAUAAAAAGCAUAUUCUGGUUAGGUAGUUUUAUUGAUAAUAGGGAAAUAUAGCACAUAGUUUGGAAAACUUAAGUUGACUUAUUUGGUGCUGGAUUUGCUCUCAUAGUUAAGAAAAUUGUGGCAUUUUUUUUUAACCAUUAUGUGUUUUAAAUUUGAAUAAUUUUGUUCUUCACCCAAUAUGUAAGUAUCUGAGCAAGGCAACUGAUGUGAUUGGUGAUGAGAGUACAAAUGAUCGUAAUGAUCAAAGCUUCACAGAUCCCAUAGGGUGUUGCAAAUUAAUGAAGAGUUUAACUUUGAUGGAAAACAGCAUGGUGCUGGCCCUGCCCGGAAAAAGCAUUAGCAAAAUAGUACUCCGUAUUAUGUAUUGUACUCGUAUUAUCACUUGUAGAGGGACGUUUUGUUCCUCCAUCUCCUCCAGGAGUGACCUGGGUUUGAUCCUCAUCCCACCCCUAUUGUGAUAGGAAGGGUACCCCUUGUAUCUUACUGUGUUAAAAAAAAAAAAAAAAAAAAAAAGUUAUGUACUCGCAUUACCACUCUCAUAUAGAGUUUAAAAUUGUAUCUAAUGUCCAUGUUUUCUGAUUUUAAAUCUUGAUCUUCAGCUAAAUUUGGGAUCCGUUUGUUCAAACUUGACUCACUCGUUAAUUAGAGGUCCUAAAUUAAUUUGUUCAUUUAUAACUCGUUAAACUAAUAGCUUAAUUGCUCCAAAAAUCUACAUACUACGUGUAAGUAUAUACAAAUGAGAUUAGAAAGUAAAAAUCAAGCAUCCCCUCAAAAAAAAAAAAAAAAAAA